AAAAAUAACUAUAAUCAAGCACAAAGGUCAGCUACACGAUAACAACAUUGCAUCAGUCAGGCUGCUCCUCCGCCCGUUUCUCUCUCAGUAUAAAAGGCAAGGGAGACUCGCUGAAAGCCAGAUUAGUCUAGACUAUUAUAUUCUGCAACAAAAGAGAAAGAAAGCACUCAUACCUCGAGAAUUAAACUCAAAUUAAAAGAGGAAUCAUAAUCUCUAGUAUUAUAAUAGACUUCGUUAUAAUAAAAGAGAGUACAAAAAGCAAUGAGUGAAGGAGAUCUGGAGAAAGCUCCACCUCCCAGUAAAGAGGAACAAAUUGAACUUGAUGAAGUAAAAAUCAAAGAUGACUCACCGCCAGUCGUUCAGACUGAUGACACUGUUGACGUUGAGACUAAACCAAAAACCGUGAAAAGGCCUUGGUGGAAGAAGAAGGAGAAAGAAGGUGAUGAUGAAGAUGCAAUUCCUCCUGCUACCCUCAAAGAAGUGUUUAGUUUUGCUACUCCAAUUGACUGCUUCUUCAUGAUCACUGCUAUUUUGGCUGCUUUUACUCUCGGGUGUGCUCUCCCAGGUGCUAUGCUUGUAUUUGGUGACCUUGUGAACGCAUUCAUCAAUCAGCAAUUUACUCAAUAUGCAGUUGAUACUGUUUCUGGGCUCAAUGUCACUAGCUACAUGCAAAACAACACUAUAGUAUAUUCCUCCUCAUCUCCUGGCUUCUCCUGUGAGGUAUACAGCAAUGCCAUUGAAACCUAUGCCACCAUUGGUGAUCCACUGACCUGUGUGCCAUUUAGCAACUUUAGCACGUCUUUACCAACGUCUCCUUUAACUCUCAACAUCAAUCCGGUUCAAUGCUCUGCCCUUGCUGCCAUCGUCACCCUUUUCUUUGGCACUGAGAGCAGUUGUACAACUGAUGACGAGUUCAUUAACUCGAUAAAUAUUUAUUGCUACUAUUUCAUUGGGCUUGCUGUUGCUGCUAUUCUGAUUGGGUAUUACAUUGAAGCUGUUUUCCAAGUGACUGCCGAGCGACAGAUUUAUAAGAUAAGACUUGCUUAUUAUAAAUCUGUUAUGAAGCAGGACAUCGCCUGGUUUGAUGUUAACGCUAGCGGAGAAGUAGCAAGCAGAUUAGUAGAUGAUUUGGAUAAAGUCCAAACUGGGAUUGGUGAAAAGUGUGUCAUAUUAUUUCAAUGGAUUGGCUCACUUAUUUGUGGAUUCACUAUUGGUUUCGUGAGGGAUUGGAGACUCACCUUAGCACUACUUUCAAUCACACCAUUUCUAGCUGUGGGUGGAGCCUUGAUGGCAAUAGUUACAACAAGGUUCACUAGUGCUGAGCAGAAGGCCUAUGCAACUGCUGGGGCUCUGGCAGAGGAAGUGUUGUCAUCCAUCAAGACCGUCAUUGCUUUUGGAGGAGAAUAUAAAGAAUCAGAUAGGUAUACUUCACAUCUUAAAAGUGCAAGGAGUGCUGGUAUUAAGAAAGGACUGGGUUUAGGGCUUAGCCUGGGAUACGUGUUCUUUCUGAUAUUUUCAGCUUAUGCUAUUGCUUUCUGGUUUGGUGGUUAUUUGAUAUCAGAAGGUCUAACACAAGGAGGACAAGUCCUUACCGUAUUUUUCUGUGUCUUCAUAGCAGCAUUCUCUAUUGGUCAAGCAGGACCCUACAUGGAAGCAUUGAGCACUGCUUUAGGAGCAGCAGGAGCUAUCUUUGACGUCAUCAAGAAAGAACCUCCUAUUGACUCCAGCAGCACUGAAGGCAUUGUAUUGGAGGAGAGUGAGCCUGCCACCAUUCAUUUGAAAGACGUCAAUUUCAGUUAUCCAACCAGACCUGAUGUGCAGGUUCUCAAAUCCUUUAGUCUCAGUGUUGAUGUUGGUCAGACUGUUGCUCUUGUUGGUCACAGUGGCUGUGGUAAGAGCACUAUUGUACAACUACUCCAACGUUUUUAUGACAUUGAGGAAGGAGAGAUAAAGAUAGCAUCACACUCAAUCAAGGAUCUCAAUAUUGCCAGUCUCCAUGAUGCUAUUGGUGUAGUCAGUCAAGAGCCAGUUCUCUUUGACACAACAAUACUUGACAAUAUUCGUUAUGCCAAGGAUGGGGCAACUCAAGAAGAGAUUGAAGCAGCUGCUAAAACAGCAAACGUUCAUCAGUUUAUUUCUGAAUUACCCGAUGGCUAUAAUACACUGGUAGGUGAAGGCGGUACUCAAUUGAGUGGUGGUCAGAAGCAGCGUAUAGCUAUAGCCCGUGCUCUCAUUCGUAAUCCAAAGAUACUCCUACUGGAUGAAGCUACAUCAGCUCUUGACAGUGAGAGUGAGUCACUGGUACAGAGUGCACUGGAGAAGGCAAGCUUGGAGAGGACUACUAUUGUCAUUGCUCAUCGUCUCUCUACUAUACGCAAUGCUGAUCUGAUAGUCUGCCUUGAUAAUGGAGAAAUAAAGGAAACAGGGACUCAUGACGAACUUAUGAAACUCGAAGGACUCUAUUAUGACAUGGUCACAUCACAAACUCAAGGGGCCAUUGAUGAUGCAUACUUGUCAAUAGAGCAGGAAUCCUCUGCUGAGACUAAGGGACCAGCUGUACUUCCAUUAUCAAAGCAGUACAGCAAGCAAGUCAGUAGACAGUUCUCGCGUCAAGCCUCUACCUCUGAGGAUAAGAAAGAUAAGAAAACCAGGACUGAAAUGUUGAAGAAAAAACAAGAAGAAUGGGAUAAGGAUUUGCCUGAGGUUUCUCUUGGACGUAUAAUGAAACUUAAUGCUAAGGAAUGGUGGCUCUUGGCUCUUGGUGUUCUUGGUGCUAGCGUACAAGGAUCAAUAUUUCCUGUUUUUGCUAUCAUCUUUGGAGAAGCAUUGAAAGCAUUCAGUGCUGAACAGGAUCAAGUACUUAAUGAAGUUCACCUGCCAGCUGGCCUCUUCCUUGCACUUGCCUUUGUAUCUGCACUUGCUGUCUUCUUUAAAACAUUUUGUUUUGCUAUUUCCGGUGAGAAACUGACCUCUAGGAUCCGCUCCAUAACGUUCAAGGCAAUGCUCAGAAAAGAUAUGUCCUGGUUUGAUGAAGAGAAGAACAGCACUGGAGCACUUACCACUAGACUGGCUGAAGAUGCAGCCCUCAUACAAGGAGCUACUGGACUAAGACUUGCUACACUAAUUGAGACACUCAUCAGUUUACUGUUUGCCCUGGGGAUAGCUCUGGCCUACUCCUGGAUAAUGACAAUCAUCAUAUUGGGUUUUGCUCCUUUCCUAGUCAUUGUUGGUGCAGCAAGAGCAGUGUUCUACAGACAACAUUUGUUAAAAAAUAAAGGAGCAUUUGCACAUGCUGGACAGUUGGUUGUAGAUUCGCUGGAAAACAUACGAACAGUGACUGCUCUCAAUUUGCAGAACAAAUUUGCCGAACUUUAUGAAAUGGAAAUCAGAAAACCCUACAAAACAUCAAUGUUAUUCCAUCACAUUGAAGGCGUGGCUUACGGAAUGUCCCAAGGAAUGAUCUUCUUUGGUUAUGCUCUUGCCUUCAGA